AUGGCGAAGAAGGUAGACACGAAUGACGUCGACGUCGAAGUCGAGGAACUCUCAUAUCUUGCCGCUCUAGUUUCAAAACUGCCUCGAGCAGUUCGAUUUGCGCUCGUCAUAUCCAGCAGCCUAGUCUUAAGCUCAGUCCUUCUCACCGUCUUUUCGUUACAAACGGCCGGACAUCUUGCGGGCAUCAGCAAGCACCUGGAAGAAUGGUGGGAAAUUGCAGGACUUAUACUUUGGAGAGCUACUGAGCUGGGCCUAGCUUGGGUUUUUGGUUUUGAUAGCUUGGACGUGGCCGAGCUGACACUGCUCACCCAUGCGCCCAUUUAUUUCCUUCUUUACAGCUUCUAUGGCGUCGAGCCAUCAGCUGUCUUAAUCACCUUUGCCAUCGAAAUCGUGUCCAAAACAAUACCAUUCUUUUUGUUCCGCGGCCCCAACUCGGUUCACGCACUCUCAAGCCCUCGAGGAGCCCAAGUUUCCAACCGGGAAAUUCUCCAGGAUUACCCCACGAUUGUUUUCGCAUCUGGUGGUGCGGCUUCCAUUUACACUAUCAUUAUGUACCUCAGUUUCAAUACCUGGUUACCAGUUCAUUUGGUCACAUACUUUGAUGGAAUCAGUGACAUCAGUCUCGUGCAUGCCGGGCCUGCUGCAUUUCCCCAGGUGCUUACACAGCUCCUUGUUAUUGGUUAUGCAGCGUACAACUUUCUAUUCGCGAGCUCCGCUGGCUGGUCUGCAAAGUCAGAUAGUAAAGAGAAGCCAGAGGCAGAAGGAGAAUAUCUCAUUACCUCCUUGUGUAACCGGACAUGGGGGAAACUAUCGCCAAAGGGAAAGAUACUUGCUAGCCGUUCGUUGGUGUUGGCAACUGUGACUCUCCUGAACACCAUCAUCGCAGGAACUGGGUCAAUAAAAGGCAUCGAACUGAUGGGCUCCGUUGGCUGGGGCUCUCUGUGGGCUGUCGCGUCUUUGACCGUUAGUUCUUUAUUUGCUUGGAUUGAGGCAGUGCCAGGCGUUUGA